CUCUCAGGCAGCGGUCAUACUAUAAUUAAAUGAAUAUGAUUUGUAUAUAGAAUCGUAAAUAUGUGAAUCAUUUAUAAAGUGGAUUCCAGGAGGCACAACAAAAAGUUCGCCGACGAGCGCCUCCUCCGCUGCCGAUUACACUAAUCUAAUCACGACGUAGCGGCAAACUGCGCUGCUGCAGCUAAAUUUUUACCCACCGGCGGAACGUAUCAAUCAGUAAACACACGCCCGAAGACGCCGCCGGACGUCCAAAUCGAAUCACAAAAAAAUUUUAAAGUCCGACGAACAAAUAUUGAACAGAAUGGUGGCCCCCUCCAAACUCAGCCAGGUGCUCAGCUACCAAAACUUCGUGCAUGCCGUCUCCGGAGCAGCGGGUGGCUGCAUUGCGAUGAGCACCUUCUAUCCACUGGACACUGUUCGAUCCCGCCUGCAACUGGAGGAGACUGGUGAAGUGCGGAGUACCAAGCAGGUGAUCAAGGAGAUUGUGCUGGGCGAGGGAUUCCAAUCGCUAUACAGAGGACUGGGUCCUGUUCUGCAAAGCUUGUGCAUUUCGAACUUUGUCUACUUUUACACAUUCCACGCCUUGAAGGCAGUGGCUUCCGGUGGUUCUCCAUCCCAGCACAGUGCUGUGAAAGAUCUGUUCCUGGGCAGCAUCGCAGGCAUCAUCAAUGUGCUCACCACUACGCCCUUUUGGGUGGUCAAUACGAGGCUACGUAUGCGCAAUGUGGCUGGAACCUCGGAUGAGGUGAACAAGCAUUACAAAAGCUUGCUGGAGGGUCUCAAAUAUGUGGCCCAAAAGGAAGGCCUCUCUGGUCUGUGGUCCGGCACGAUUCCAUCGUUGAUGCUGGUUUCCAAUCCCGCCCUGCAGUUCAUGAUGUACGAGACGCUUAAGCGCAAUAUUAUGCGCUUCACCGGCGGCGAGAUGGGCAGUCUGAGUUUCUUUUUCAUUGGUGCGAUAGCCAAAGCCUUUGCCACCGUGCUUACCUAUCCGCUGCAGUUGGUCCAGACCAAGCAGCGUCAUCGCAGCAAGGAGCAGGAUUCGAAGCCCUCCACUUCAUCGGGAACCAAGCCGCGCACGGAGACUACUCUCGAGCUGAUGAUCAGCAUAUUGCAGCACCAGGGAAUCCGUGGUCUGUUCCGAGGCCUGGAGGCCAAGAUCCUGCAGACCGUGCUCACAGCCGCCCUGAUGUUCAUGGCCUACGAGAAGAUAGCCGCCACCGUGGUCAUGCUGCUCAAGCGCAACUAAAUAGAGGCUCUAGUCUACCCGUAGUUUUACUCAACCAACCACUGUGUAAUAUGUAAGACAAACAUACACAAAACGAUUUAGGAUAUGGCCAGCACAACAGACUCCAAAGUUUAGCCGCUAAGCGUCAAUGGAUUAAAAAAAGAUACAAUGUUUACAAAAGAAAAUAAUAA